UCAGCGGUUUUAUCACCAAACCAGGACCAAAGUGACAAGCCGAUGAGGCACGUCGUUUCCAAAGCACAAAUGAUCCUGUCGGUUGUCUGAAAUGUGGCCGUUUUCAUGAGCAAAGAACUCUGAGAAGCAGAUACGAUCAGUAAUAAUCAGUAACGAGAAUCACCUUCACGCUCGCCGCAUUCAUCCAACGCUCCUAAAACUCUUUCUGGGACCGUUAGCUCACAUAAACCACAUCUAACUGGUGAGGUCCAAAGAAAACAACGAAAAGCAAAUCAUUUUCAGGUGAACGACUGCCUUUUGUGCGGUCGAAGGCGUCGAACAGAACCGUUUCUGCGGCGCUGUUGCACCUCGCCAUCAACUCAUCAGAUAAGGACGCUGCUCUGCGGCUCCUUCAGCAGAACCGCUGACCUUCAGGUUAGGAACAAAAACCUGAUUCCUGAACUGUUCGUUUUGUUCGUACGAAGGUUUCUUCUUUUCAGGGUGAGCUCACAGCAAGAGAAGAAAGCAAAAAGGACGCCUGGUGCAUCCCUUCCAGGACGCAGAACGGGCUGAAACUGUAUGUAAGGUUGCCAAGGCGACAGCAGGCGGAGGGGCGGUUAACCCACACACCCUGUGCUUUCAUUCACACUGCUUCUCUGUGCUUCGUCCUCAGGAAGUCACUUCAGACAGGCUGACGAGCACACAGCACAGCCCGCUGGAGCCUGUGCUGAGGAAUUAUCUGCUGUCAGGACCUGCCCGGGACGCCGCCGUGCCAUCAGGGACCCGAGCUGGACAGGAGGGGGGGCUGAGCCAUGCUGUCCGCCGCCAUUCAGAUCCUGGCGUUCGCCUUGGCGCUCCUGGGUGUCCUCGGCACCACUGUGGCCACACUGCUGCCCAACUGGAAGGUGAGCAGCAAUGCCUGGUCCAGCGUCAUGACCCCCAUCUCACAGAUGCAGGGGCUGUGGAUGGACUGCGUCUGGUACAGCUCCGGGGUCUUCAGCUGCACCAUGAAGAACUCUGUGCUGUCGCUGCCGGCGUAUCUGCAGACCGCACGGGCCGGCAUGGUUCUGUCCUGCAUGGUGGCGUCGUUUGGACUCUGCCUCGCCUCCCUGGGGCUUAAAUGUACCCGCUGGGGGGGCAGCCAUCGAGCAAAGGGGCACACGGCCAUUGCUGCAGGGGGGUGCUUCGUAUUGGCCAGCUUUCUGUGCCUGGUCCCCGCAUCCUGGUUCACCAACGAAGUCAUCACCGCCUUCCUGACCACGGACGUACCAGACAGCAGCAAAUAUCAGCCUGGAGGAGCUCUGUGUGUGACGUUUAUCUCCGCUGGCUUCCUUCUGGCUGGAGGGGUCAUUUUUUGUUUGUCGUGUCCUGGAAGGAGAACAGGACGACCGGACUAUCAUCCCCCCGCUGACCCCGACAGGCUGCUGAUGUACCGAGACGAGCAGCGGAGGCGGGAGCUGCAGACGCAGCGCAUGCAGCCGAAAAACAGGCAAAACAAGACGGUUCAGCUGCACAUGGAUGGAGUGAAGCAGGGGAAACCUCCUCAGGGGAAACCUGACCAGGACCAGGAGCACAAACUCUACUCGUCCCCCUCCAAACUCCCUCCAAAAGACAUCAAGGACAGCUACAGCCUCCAGGAGUAUGUUUAAAUCCCACAGCUGAGAGGGGAAAUGUGGAGCUGUCGGCUGAUGCUUUCUGGCUCAUAGAAGGGGGGGAGGUGGGCUGGGGGAGGUCUGUUUGAGGGGGAAUAAUUACCAAAUGCUGGAAACAGAUUGUGGAUUCAGCUGAAUGGCUCCGAAAUGAGAGGAAAAGCAGAGGACAGGAGCUCUGCGAGGACAAAAACCAAAACCUGCACGGGAACCAAACUGUAAAUCUUUUAAAAACUGCCUGCAAAGCUUCGCCACACCAAAGAGCUGAACCUGCUGAUCAUAAAAGAAAUCAGCCUGACACUGAAAGCCAUCAUUUUCCAGCUGUAGAUUCCGUCUGAGAUUAACUGGAGCUCAAGCAGGGCCGACCCAAAGCUUUCCGGGGCCGUGAGCAGGAUUUAGCCACCCAAUACACAUGAAAAACACGUCAGGUGUGGAGAGCGACUGUAGCAUGUUGGAGCUUUGAGAUACGCUGUCUGAUUCUACUGCAGUCUGUACAGUCCCAAAAAAUUGUACAAAUUUGUUUAUAGCGUCAAACUCGGGAGCAAAUACCUGUGACAAAAUAUUUAGUUAAAUAUUUAGUUAGUUAGUAAUAAAAGUUAUCAUCUGGCAUUGCUAAUCCUGCUUCCCGAACAGGAUAUACAGAGCAGAACCUCACACCCAGGUGUAAAUGUUCCGUAGAUAACUGAUAAAAAACGUUAGCUUGCUAACAUACGACACGUUCAGGGUAACGGCGGAGACGGGAGUACCAGUCUGACGUGACACUCGGUCACAAUGCUGAGAAUUUAAAUCACACAAAUUUAAAAUGUACCUCAAAUCACUGUAUCAUGUUGGUUAGCUUAGCAUAAUCAACCGACAGCAUGUUGUCACUUUUUAAUGUGCAGUUAUCAAUAAUAAAUAUGAAACAUCCAGUUAGACUUUCAAAAUAAAGUUUGCUACUUGGUUAGUUUUAAGAAAAAAAAUCAUGCAUGUGAUUAAAAUAAGGACGUUAGGUAAGUUAUGAACGUAACUCGGAUAAGCUGGACGCGUUUGGCCCGUCCGGCCUCCUCGGCCACCUCCUGAAUCAGAUUUUGUCGCUGUUGGUGCUCCUGUGCCGGACAGACGCCUCCAGAAGCUCUGAAGGGCCAGCAACCAGGCCGAGAUAUGACAGAAAUAUGAACUGCUUGGUGUGAUUAUUGCUGUCUUUCAUGGAGCACCCAAAUUCAGAACAAUAUGGUAAACCCACAACGUUUUGAAUGUAUUUUGGAUUUGUAGUAAAUAUAGAACAGCAUAGUUAGCUUUUCUAUGACAAAUGAAUGAAAAUCAACAGAAAACGUCCUGGAAGACUUUCGUUCCAGAGAGCAGAGCCCAGCAGAGGCUGAGAUGCUCGGCCGGUUCAGGUCUGCUUUGGCUCGACCCUCCACAGCCUCACUGCAUGCCGCCUGUGCUUUACAUGCUGCCUGAGUUUAGCUGCUGUCGUAGACGCUGUGCCUGAAGCAAUAAAAAACGCUGCUGAUCUCCAGAAAUUCA